AUGGUGACGUUAACUGUUGCUGAACAACAUUCUCUCUUCGCCAUCUGCGCCCCAUAUCGGAAUUGUCUCAAGGCGAGAUUAGUGAACCCUGUUGAGAUCGAUGGACAACUUCGGACCAUCAAUGCGUCCAUGAAAUGCGAAAUCUGGAAGAAGAUUCAUUCAAAAUUCUGCGCAAAACAUCCCAGACAUUCGAGGACUACGGUGAAAGAGAUCCAGGUGUACUAUGGAUGUUGGAAACAAAAGUCCAAGAUGUUGCUCCAAAGAUUGGCUCGAGGAGAGACACUGUAUGAGGUGAGAGUCUUAUUUAUAGAUCAUGAUGACUGAUGAGGUACUAUUUUUUUAGGCUGAACUUGACUCUUUAAAAGCCAGUGGAGUUGAUCUAACCAAGUUCAAGACCACUGGCAAUGGUGCUGAUGUUCCAAUGGAACGAGAACUCGAGAAUUUGGCCACCAAUGACACCGAAAGUGCAAGCACUAUUACUGAUACCAACGACUUCUCGAUCGAAGCGCCAUUAGCCAAACAGGAGAUUGAAGAAAUCCCAACCAGCAGCUUCAAUGAUGACACGAUGAACUUCAGGAACUACACUCUCAAUGGAAACAGCAACGAUGGAAUAAACAUUACUCCAACGGUAAGAUUGAUUUCAUAAUUCGAAGGAUGAUUCCCACUUUAGCCUUUCCAAUUCAAUUAUCAAUCGCCCAUCACACCCCGUCCAUUGUGUAUCACCGAUGCUCUAAACAUCGUCGACUUCUGUCAAAAUAAGGACCUAAAAUUUGAGAUGAACGGAGAAAACCUAGUGUUCAGACCAAGAGAGCCCGAAGAAGAUAAAGCCAUCAACAUUCCCAUUCAAUUAUUCAAAGAAUUGGGAAAAUAA